GCUAUCCGGCUUGACUAGAAAAUCGAUCAGAUUAGUAUUUUCAGCAUUAAAUGUUCAUUGAAAGGAAUAUUUACCGUUGUUUUCAAAAUAUUAUUCUUUUUGGAAAAGAUCGCGUCAAAUACAAAAGUAAGUUAUCUAUUUCCUAGCGGAAGAUAUACAGUUACUGUAAUACACUGAACGCCUUAGUAUUUUGAACGUUUUUUUUGCACAGCAGAUAAUGAGCGAAAUCGAGGUUGAUUUCGUCUCUGAUCUUAUGAUCACUGAAAUGGAAAGUGUCCUGGAGGAGUUAGAUGGGAUAACUGAUGGUAAAAUAUCGAAUUCAACAGAAUUGUGUCGACAUUUGUAUUCUCUCAGCGAGGACACACAAUUGGAUUGUUCUUUGUGCGAGUCGCUGAGCGUUCAGAGAGCUGUUGCCGAGGCUAGAAGAUCAUGGAUGAGAAAUAAACCUUUGGAGUGUAUUAUUGAUGGAAAAAGUCUGCCUGACCUGUAUCAUGGAGUUGUUGGCCUAAGGAGAAUUAUACAACCGUCCAUUACUAAAAUUGCGUUAAAUGCUGUUGUUAAUUUUCGUUCAGAAGCUCAUAAAUGUAUUAUUAUUGCUGAAAAUCCUAAUGUACAAGCUAAAGAAGCUGGAUCCGUAACAGAAAAGAUACAAACUGAAACAUUUAGACAGGUCACAAGUUACAUUGAUUUUCUAUUCAAUUUAGAGACUGACCGAAGUGAAAAAGCUUCUAAAGGAAUAAUAAAAUUUGCACAAAAUGGUAGUCAAACGGAUAUAGUUGAUCAAUUGAUGAUUCAGGAAUUUUACGAUGACGGAAAAGACAAUAUACCUUCAAAUACAAAGUAUAAGAAGGAUAAAAAGAAAAAGAAAAAGAAACAUAAGAAAAAGGAGAAGCGGUCAAAAGUGGAAGACAAAGUCGAAAAUGUUAAAGCUCCAUUGCCCGCUAUGAUUGUUUAUCCAGGGAUGGACAAAAUGGUUAAUGAUGAAGAUCGUGCUGCAUUACUCAGAGCAGGUGCUAUUUCCGAAGACAUCCGUACCAUCAAAGUAGUCAAGAAGGACGAACGGCAAAAUCAUGAUAUGGCAAGAAAAGAAUGUGAGAGUGCAUAUGAUGAAUUUGCAAAAGAACUAGAAUUAAUGACAGAGAGAAGUAAUCAUGACGCAAAAUCCACGAAAAAACAUUUAUUUCCAGCAGCAGAUCAAUACUUACCAAAAACAAUUAUACCCACUUUAUCUGGAAUUCCGCCGCAAUUAUGUCCACCUUCGCAAGUAGAUGUACCUCAACCUAUUUCUAAGGCUUCUCCACCUGAGAAAGUCAUUCCAAAACCUGUUGAGCCGGAGGAUGAUGGAACUCUAGACAGCAUUUUGAUUAGUCAAUUGGAAUAUUUUGCUCAAAAUAUGGAAUCAUUACUUAAAGCAAAUAAUUCGAAUGAAAGUGCUAACCGAAUCCCGCUUAAUAAGUGUAGCGUGAAAAUAAAAGAAUCGAGUCGAAUGAAUGAACUUCUGGCCACGACUAUUCAAGCUCUCUGUGGUAAUACUCGAAAAAAAUUGAAAGGUAGUGCCUUACACCAUGUCGCAGCAAUAGAUGAUGUUGACACUUCUAUGAAACGACAAUGGAAUGAAAUAGUGAAAGAUAUGGACCAAAUUUAUGAUACUUGCAUCCCUCCCCCUCCAAAACCCAAAAAGAUUAAAUUAUCCACAAAUGGAUUUCUGCCGCCUGAUUUUGAUUUGCCUAUCAUACCUUUGAGAAUUCCACCGAAGAGAAUAAAAACUUUUGAACUUUGUGAGAGAAAUAUUUACAGGCUUCUCGAUCUAGCACUAGUGAAUAUAGAAAGUUUUAUGAGAGAAGUAAAGCUAAAUGUUAAAGAGUUUGAUAGCAGCUGUGUUCAACCGGGAAUGUGUUUACCAUGGGCAUUAACAUUGGCACUAGACCCUCGUUCGCAUAGUGCUUCUCUUAGUCCUUCAAAAGAAAAUGAUAAUCCCAACGAACUAGGUGAUGAGAAAAAAACAGGUCUUGAGGAAGACAUGAAUAGUAUAAAUCCAGUUGCAGAAAAGGAAACUACAAACAUUAGUGCAACAAAAACUACGAAACUAACUUCUCGAAAUAGCUUGGCAGCAGCUUUUCGACAGGCAAUUGAGGCCAAGAAAAGGGCCUCAAAGGAACAGCAAAAUCAGAAAAGAAAGCUACCAAUUCAAAUUGAUGUUAAACCGGCUAAGAAACUCAAAAGUCAAAUGUUCAUUCCUCCUGGUCAAUUAGUCACUAAAGACAACCAUGCAAAAACUAAUGUUACUGCAAAUAAAAGUUUAUCAGAAAUGCUGGAGACUCUAGAUAGAACAUUAGUAGAUGACGUUGGAACAAAUUUGAUGACUUCACAAAGAAACGAGUCUCUUGUAACACCAAAACUCUCAGGAUUUUCUAGAUUUGCAUUAGGUCUCUUUAAACAAUUGCCUAAAAGCACAAGAAAUGAUCCUUUUGCUACAAAAUUUCGAAAAGCUAAAUUUGAAGAGGUUAAUGUGUUCAAAGCUGUUGAACCAAAUCAAACUUCUAAAGCUACCAUUCAAUCGCCAACUGAAAAAGACCACCUGAACACAUCUCCACUGGAUAAUGUAGAAAUGGAAAUAGAUAGCAAUAGUGAGCAUGAAGUUACUCAAGAAGAAAUAUCUGAAACUUACCAGGACUUUGAGAAGCCAACUUUUGAGCCUUUCCGUUUUGAGAGUAGACAUACUGAACCCACGAUAGAACUUCCUUUACCGGAGGUCUUCAAUGCUACCAAGAAAUUGCUAUCAGAGGAUCCUGUCGAAGAGCAAUUAGAACACGAAGUUAACACCCAAAAACAAUGGGUCCUCGAACAAUUUCCUGAGGCCCCUCCAGUUAUACCUAUACCUCCACCUCCCGUUGAUCCCCUACCCGCAGAGCUAUCUCCUGUGCCUCCGGCUCCAUCGUCACCUCCCCUAGAUCAAGAUGAACUAAGAGAAUUAGGGGAUCCAGAGCCGAAAGAAAAAACUAACGAGGAUUCGGUGGACAUUCCUCUUCCACCUGAAAAUCCGGAAAGUAACUUAGACGAUGUACCACUACCUGACACUCCUGCUCCUAAAGAUCUUCCUGAUAGGUCAUCAAGUGCUAAGAAAACUGACUCAAGUGAAGACGCAAUGGAUUUAUGGAAAAAAAAGUGUCAAGAACUAAUGGAAAACAGUCCGAAUACACUUCUUCCUCCGCCAAUAAUAACACCUGGUCAACCUCCUUUGUUACCCCCGCCCCCUUUUCCGUUGUUUCCCCCCGACAAGAAUAGACCACCUAUGUUGCUUUUACCCCCACCGCCUAUUCUACCAACACCGGUAGUACGAAAAAGACCGAAAGAAAAAGAUGAUACUGGAAAAUUUCGCAAUUUGAAAGUUUAUGUAUGGAAAACUGAUAAUCUGGAUGCACAAGUUAGAAAAUAUCUAUUGGAAAAUGGGGGUGAGGAGAUAGACCCCUUUCAGGUUAUGUACCUUAAGUCAACAGGCAUGAAGAAGGAUAUUCUUGUAUUUAUUAAUAAGGAGAAGCUUAACCGUUUACAUUUACUUCCAAAUGUGAGCAUUUUGCGAAAAGUACUUAACAUUCAUUUUCUGGCUUUUGGCUCAUUAGAUGAUGUUCAGAAUGAGCAGUGUACUGAAGUGAUGAUGAAAGGUGGACUUUUACUGCCUGAUGACAAAGCUCUUUUGCAAACUCACCCGGCCACUCUAGAAUUGCUGGUAGAAUUCAUGGUUCAACAGAAAGAAAAAAAUAAUAAUUGGCAAUUGGCUAUUCAUCAAUUCAAUUUGGACACUAUGGAACUAAUGAGAGAGAAUCUAAAGGGAAAUGAGUCAAAAAUUAAACGGCUACAUAAAGUAGAGAAUAUUCUGAAUCGUUAUAUGUCAUUAGGCGUUGUGAGAAUAUUAGAUAGGCACCUAUGUGAUGCUCACGCUAAACCAGCUAGCGAACUGUUAAACUGUGCAAUAGAUUUACAGUCAAGUUCAGACUUUUAUCAAAAUCAUCGCCACGUUAUUGUUGUUACUGAUAUGGAAUCAAGUUCACAGAAAAUGUGUAUGUUUGCUGAACGAGGAGUUGGUGUAAUGUCAAUGGAAAAGUUCGUGUCUGGCGUUGUUGGAAAAAAACCUGAGAAUCCUAGCCGAAUUGUAGAUCCAGAUUUUGGUAUACGGGUUGCACGUUAUUUCACUGAUGCCCAGCCUUCUAAUGCUGUUGUGAAACUUAAGUGGAAUUUUGCUUCCGUUGGAAAGUAA